UUUUCAACGGGAUUCAAUAAUUAUUGUUUCCUGAAAUUUGUCGGCCGGUUUUUUUUUCCUUCGGACUGAAUAGUUAACUUUUCUGGUGUUCUGAUUGAUAUUUGUAAAGAAAUGGCUGAUUCAAUUUCAACUCGUUGUGCGAAACUCAACCAGAUUUUUGCCGGAAAGAAUGUUGGUCGAAAGUCGUGCGGAACUUUCACCCGCGAAGCACUUUUGGAUGCGUUUCUCCUUCUCUUCGAUGAAUGUAACUCGGCGUGUAUGCUCAAGGACAAGAAUAUCUCUGGAUUUGUUAAGAAAUACCAGCCUAUGGUUGAUGAUCUUCGAAAAAUUUGCUUGAGUAAAGAGGAUUUCGAGGUUUUGAAUAUCAUUGGCAGAGGGCAUUUUGGACAGGUUCAAGUUGUCAAAGACAAACAAGGUGGGGAUGUGUUUGCCAUGAAAACAUUGAAGAAGAGUCAAACGCUGGCUCAAGAAAGUGUUGCCUUCUAUGAUGAAGAAAGAGAAAUAAUGGCAUUAUGCAACAAUCCUUGGAUAACAUCACUGCAGUAUGCUUUCCAAGAUAUCAAUAACCUGUAUCUUGUGAUGGAAUAUCACCCUGGUGGAGACCUUUUGUCUUUGUUAAGCAAGCAUGACGAUGUACUAGAGGAAGAUGUUGCACGGUUUUAUCUUGCUGAGAUGGUCAUGGCUAUUCACAGUCUUCAUGUACUAGGUUAUGUGCACAGGGACAUAAAGCCAGACAAUGUCCUUAUUGAUCGAACUGGACACAUCAAACUAGCAGAUUUUGGUUCAUCAGCCAGACUUUCUGCAGACAAAAAGGUGCACAGUAAAAUGCCAGUCGGCACUCCUGAGUACAUUGCACCUGAAGUGUUAACCAGUAUGGAUGGGUCAGGUGUUCCAUAUGGAGUGGAAUGUGAUUGGUGGUCACUUGGUGUCGUUGCUUUUGAGAUGUUGUGUGGACAGACACCAUUUGAGGCUGACUCAGUGGUGAUAACAUACAGCAAGAUCAUGAAUUACAAGACAUCCCUGCAGUUUUCUAAGGAUGCCCAAGUCAGCAAAAAUACAAGGGAUUUGAUUCUAAAAUUGUGCACUGAUUGCAAAUCAAGAAUGGCUUAUGAAGGACUUCUUUGUCACCAGUUCUUUAGUGGCAUUGAGUGGAACAGUUUACAAGAGACCGUGCCACCGUACGUCCCAAACCUGGAUGGUGCAGCAGACACGUCACAUUUUGAUGAAUUUGAACCUGAGAGCCCUGAUGUCAUUGCACACUUGGAAAAAUAUAACUUAACAAACGACAGCAAGGGAUUCACAGGCAAAGAUCUUCCAUUUGUCGGCUUCACUUUCUCAAGAAAUCUAGCCAACAGUGUUCCUUUCUCUCCUAGGAAAGCCGGAAGCCUUCCUAACUCACCCAUGUCAUCUGGCAUGCCCCCGAGUCGUCUGGAACGAAAACUGACUAUCAAAGCUAAAGAACUGAAGGAUGCGCUACAGUCAUGUCAUACUUUGAAAGGAGAAAGUGUCUCUAUGAAAAAGAGCUUGGAAGAAGUUCAAACUGCGUUAGAACAGAAAGAAAAAGCACUGAGGAACGCUGAGUAUGAAAGAGAUCUGCUUGAAAAGGAAAAGGUUCUCUAUGAUACACAAGUCAAGGACCUACAGAGACGUCUUGAUCUGGAAAGAGCUGAACGAAACAAGUCUGACUCUGCUACUCUUAAACUGCUAUCGGAACUGAAAGAAGACAGCCAAAAAGCCAAUGAUUUGAGGGACCAGGAAAGCAGAGAGAAUCUCGAGGACCUUCAACAGAUUGUAGCCCAGUUGGAAAACGAUCGUUUUAUAGCCAGUAGACGCGCCCAACGACUGGAGGAGGAGCUGAAAUCACAGGAAAAGCUUCUUGAAGUCAGCAAGAACCGAAUCAACGACCAUCAAGCCAGAAUGACAAAGAUGAAUGAAGAAGCAAAGAGGAGCAUGAUGGUAUGGCAAGAGAAACUGGACAAAGUUACUAAGGACAGCAACCAAAGAAUCGCGGAACUGCAACAGAAGUUAACAAAGUCUCUACAGUCAAACCAGGAGGCGACUGAAUUGUUAGAAAACGUGCGGAAGAAUAAAGACGAACUACAAACAGAACUCGAAAAGCUGAAGAAGUCAAGCAAGCCAUCGGACUCCGCAGAAGUGCAAGGGAAGUUGUGCAGAGAUGCUCAAAUCAAGCGGACAGGAGGCGACGAUAACAGUGUGCGAGAGCGGUUUAGAGAAAAAUCGGCUGAAGUACGUAAGCUUCAAAGUAAGAUCAUGGACUUAGAGGAUCAAUUGUUUCAAAGCCAAAGAUCACAGAAGAAGCUUGAAAAGGAAGCUGCAAACAGCCAGGCUCAGGAGAGAAGACUACAAGAAAUGGAGAAAGAACUUGAUAUAUUAUCACGAUACAAGAGAAAGAUGGAAAAUACCAACUGUCGACUUGAGAGUGAGCUGGAGGAAACGAAAAAGCUAAUGGCUUCACGAGAUCAGAAAAUCGACACCUUGACGGAAAAGUGCCGGAUAUUAGAGGAAAUGCUCGAAAAGAACGUUGACUACAGCAGAAGAAGCUCAGAAGCCGAUUAUGACAACAAUGGAAAAUUAGCAAUUAAUGAAGCAGAAUUGGAAAAGUUAUGCGAAGAGAAAGAGGUGAUGACGAGAAAGUUGGCCGGGCUAGAGAGUGACCUAAAAAUUCAACAGCAGAAAAAUUCCUCACUCGUGAAGCAGCUUGAAGAUUCAGAACAGAACUCGAGAAAGCUUGCAAAAGACAUGGAUCGAAGGGUGCAAGAACUCGAGAAGCAAUUGAAUGAGAUUUCUAAAGAACGUUCUGAAUUGAGAUCAACGAAGAAGGCAUUGGAGGAAACCAUUCUCAAACUAGAGAAUGAGAUUGAUACCAGAGAAUUUGAGUUGGAGCUUAAGGCCUCGGCCAGGCAGGAUAAGAUUACAAGAACCAUGCAAGAGAAUCGAUCAGAGGUGGUUCAGGAAAUCCACGUUCAGCUUAGUGAAAUGUCCAAUCGCUGCAACGAACUGGUGUCACAAACCAAAGAGCUGGAAAAGAAGGUUGAAGAACUUACAGACGAAAAUUGUGAUCUAAAGGUGACAAAGGAGAAACUUGAAGAUGAACUGAAUGAAAAGAAGAGAGCAGCUGAAGGCAUAGAAUUUACCAACUCGAUGUUGAAAUCUACUUGCACUAUGUUGGAAAAUCAAAUAGAAGAACUGGAGAUUAUCAACGAAGAUUUUGAAGAAAAACAGUUACAAUGGAAUAUCACAAGGGGAGAUUUGGAUCAGAAAAAAGAGAAAACUGAGUGUGAACUUGUGGACUCUCGGCGCUCCUUAGAACAGGAGAAAACGGCACGUUCGGCUGCCGAAGAGAAAGUAUCCAAGUUACAGGAUGCGUUGAAAGAAGUGCAAACCACUCAUAUCAACGAGGUUGGCAUGAUGAAUUCUCAACUGGACAGACAGAGACAACGUUGCGAGGAGCUGACAGAAGCGCUUAGCGAGGCAGAGACCAAAUAUGGAAUGGUCCAACUGGACAUUAAAUCCUUGGAACGCAAACUUCAACUUGGAAUCGAAAACAACAACAAGUUAAAGAUUGAGGUUGAGCGUCUCGAGAAUCAAACUUCUAAGCUGAAGUCCAGUAACUUUGAGUUAAACCAGAACAUAGAGGCAGCUAUGGAGAAGUGCGAUGAACUGACGUGUGAACGAGCUGCUUUAGCUGAGCAGCUGGAUCUAAUGGAGGCCUCGCAUGCUGAAGAGCGCCUCAAACUAGAGGCAACUAGCUCUCAACAGAGCAAACUGAUUGACUUCUUGCAGUGCAAAUCUGAAGGCCAAGCAUCUAAAAAGAAAAAGCUUAUCGGUGGUGGCAGUAAGUCGUGGCGCAAGAAACCAGAGAGUAUUAAUGUGGUGCCGCAACAAUGGCGAGACUUGCAGCAGGCGCUGGAGAAGGAAAGAGCUUCCAGUUUGAAACUACAGACUGAACUGAAUAGAGUUCGGCAAGAAAUGCAAGCUGCUAAAAUGGAAGCUGCACACUGGAAAUCACAAAACACCGGAAGUGCUACUCCAAAACCGACCCAGUCUUACGCUGUCUUGUCCGCGAUUCAACAGUCACCCAGCAACCAACCGAGUCCGUUGGGUGCUCAAAACCAGUCGAAGACUGCUAAGAAUGCAGCCACUCCGGCUGGCCGCGGAACAUCACACAGACCGAAAGAGAGGAUGCAUCAUAAUAUACCACACAGGUUUGUCAAUGCCCUGAACAUGCGUGCUACCAAGUGUGCUACGUGUUUGGAUACUCUACACUUCGUGCGUCCAUCAUCUCUUUGUGCUGAGUGUGGCCUAGUUUGCCAUGUAAAGUGCGCACCAAACCUCCCACGCACAUGUGGAUUACCAAGCCAGUUUGUUGAGCACUUCACUGAAACUCUUCAGGAACAGAAGAGCGAUGAAACUGAGGGCAAUUCACAGAGCACCACUCGGUUGGGAGGCAGGAGAGAAGGAUGGCUCAGGGUACCACGUUGUGGUUCUGUCAAGCAUGGAUGGGAGAAGAAAUGGGUAGUCCUGGCCGAUCAAAUGCUGCAACUUUAUGACAAAGAAAAUAUGGGCGAAAACUCGUCUCCAUCAGAAAUAUUACACUUGUGUGGCAAAGACGGUCACGUCACCGUUCAUUCCGCUGUCAUGUCAUCUGAAUUGAUAGGUACCGCCCCUACGGAUCUUCCCUACAUACUGAGGGUGGAGUCGCGCCAGAGAUGUUGGCCCGUUCAGAAUCUUUACAUCUUAGCGCCUUCAUUCCCAGUUAAACAGAAAUGGGUCACCUCUUUGGAGUUCGUGUUGGAUGAGAUUAAGAAGAAGAAUAUUGACGGCGAGGAUCAGAAGCUCAUGGGCAACGUGUUACUUCAUUUGGAGGGAGGCGAGCGUCUUGAUAUUAACUGCACAAAACUGCUUAAUGACGAGUUGGUUCUCCUUGGUGCAGAAGAGGGUCUCUUUUCUCUGUCGCUUGACACCCCAAGAAAACACUCGCCUCGAGCCAUUCCUGGAAUCGAGAGAGCGUUUCAGAUUGAUAUCUUGAGUGACUUGAACCAAGUUAUCAUGAUUGCAGGCAAAGACAGACUGCUGUGUAGCGUCGAUCUUAAGCAAGUCACAAGCCGGGCACGACACUCUAACUCCACUGUGCCAAUAACAGAGCUGACUCCACAGGGAAUUGAAAAAAUCACCAAUUGUCACUUGUUUGCUGUUGGGCAGUGUGAGGGAAACUUCUACAUUUGCGCUGCAACUCCUAACAGCAUUUUGCUGUUGCGAUACAAUGCAAGCAUUGGGACGUUUUGUACCCGCAAGGAGAUCGAGACAAGCGAACCAUGUAACUGCAUUCAUUUCAGUAAGAAUUACGUGAUCUACGGCACUGGCAAGUUAUACAUUUUGGACAUAAAGCAACACGUUGUAAAAGAAUUUCUGAACUCCAAAGACCCUUCAUUAGCCUUUGCAGUUUAUGGAGCCGCUCAACUAAACAUAUUCCCGAUUGCCGUUCUCGAUGUCACCGCUGCGGAUUCAGACAACGAAGAAUUAUUACUUUGUUUUAACGAGUUUGGGGUUUUUGUGAACAGCUUUGGUUCUCACAGCAGGCAAAAACCUUUGAUGUGGAGCAGACUGCCGCUUGCUUUCGCAUACAGUGAGCCGUUCCUGUUUGUCACUCAUUUUAAUUCAAUCGACGUUUGUGAAAUCCCACCGAUCAAAGCCGAAAAUUCCAGUCACUACGUGCACAAGUUUCUGGAAAUUCAAAAUCCACGAGUCCUUGGUCCAGCAGUCUCUCCCGGUGCAGUGUAUCUCGCUUCCACGUUGCACGAACAAGUGGAGAUGCUAUGUUUCCAAGGUAACGCAGCUCCCGCAAGUGUCUUCCAACCCGAGGACGAUGAAGAAAGCAUGUCCGUCAUUUCCGAGCUAUCCCGAUUGUCAAGCCCGAGCCGACGUUCGUCGAUGUUGGCUCGUUCACCUUCGUGGAGUCCUGGAUCUACCUGGGUGAAGUCGCCGAAAGGAGGAAAUCUUAAAAAGAGCAGCACUUUUCGCGCAGUUAGGCCUCUGAUGGAGGAAAACAUGUGACUUAGCAAUUAUAAGAGCACGCGAAUAAUGCAUCGUCACUGAAUGAUAGCAAUAAUUGAAUCUCCUGCAGUUGUGAAUUAAAAUGCACGCGAAAGCUACUUCAAAUUGAUAAACAACUCAGUUUUACAACAAUCGGUCUGAUGCAUCAUUGUCGAGCUCAAAAGUUCUAAAUAACGGAAAGGGUUGCUAAUCACCAGCUAUAUUUUGAGCUACAAUGUAGCGAACGUAAUUAGGAAUCCAUUAAACCAUGUGCAAGGGUUUCGAACUCUACUGAUCAGUGAGUCAUUCCGAAAUACAGCGUCCCGGCUUGGGUAUGGCACCCACAGGAGUCUUCUUAAGACGUUUUCUUCACGCGAGCCGUCCCAACUUUCUAUUUAAAAACCAGCCUUUGAUCACAGUUUUAUCACGUGAAACUACCUUUAUUGUGCAAAUAUCGAAUGUGGUCCUUUCCAUUAAUAAACCGAAGCGCGGUGCUCCCCUAAUUAAUAUGAAUCCGUCUUGUUCAGUGUGAGACUCAGAAAACCAUGAACACUGUGAUAAGCUUCUUAAAGUUCAGUUGUCUAGUGGGGGAAUGCAAAAAAACCUCAAAACCAUAAACAGAUUUGCUGUUACGGUUUAGUUUCCUCGUACCCGUUUGGUUUGUCCCUUGGAACACAAACAUUCUAUGAACAUUUUUUGUGUUCACGAUUUUCUGAGUUCUGACUUCUAUAUCAAAUGUGUUUAUAGUAAUACAGUAUUUUAAUACAAUUAUGUGGAAGUUAUCCGGAAGCUUCCGAGUAACGAAACCUGAGUAAUUGUAUCAUUGUCAGGGAAUUGGCCUAAUUGUCCAAUGGUUCAAUAGGUUGUCUUCAAAUUAUUGUUAUGAAUAAAUGAACUUUAAUUUUUGUAGUCUCGACUAAUAGUACAUUAUUAAUGUUAUCUGUAUUUACGAUAAGACCUGUUCAUUUUUGCUGCUUCUCAGCCUCACAAGGUUACAGUUAUGGGAGUCUGAGACAAAACGCCGGCACGAUGAUUUCCCCUGUCGAGGACUGAUCAAUCAGUUUUUUGAGGACAUGGAAAAAUGUUUACAUCCACUAACUAAGGUAACGUGCUUCCUUUACCACAGUCAUUGUAAGUUUUAAUUGGAGUUAAUAAAAAGAACAGAUAGA